AUGUAAACAAUUCAACUAAAGAAUUUAUUAAAGGAUCAUAAAGAAUUAAAGAAAUAAUUCACUCUGAAAAGAAAAUUUGAUAUAACAUCUUUACCAAUAUUAGUUAGAAAUAAAAGUUGUGAAUGUUUAGAAUGUGGUGGAUAAAUUAUUAAAUAAAUUGAAGAACAUAAAAUUAAUAAUAAAGUGUCUCCCAAAUAUAUUAAAAAAUUUAUAGCUUAACAUGAAAAAUUUUAAAGUUUCAACUUUCAAUCGCAUAAAGUAUAAACUACUUAAAAGUAAUUUUACUCAUUAAUUAUAGUAUGGUAUUUCUGGAUAUUGCUCCAAAAAGAAUUUAAUAAACAUUUAGUAAUUCCAAUGAAUAACCCUUAAUAAGUCCUACUUUAGAACAACCAAAAAGAGAUAUGAGAAAGUUAAGUAGAUUAAUAGAAAAAUAUGAUAUUACAAAAACUGAAAUUGUUUAAUAAUAAUAUUGCAAAACCUUACCUGAUGUAGUAUACAAAAAUAAAAAUCUAUGUUAAUAUUUACAAAGAUAAAAAACUCAACAUUAUUCAUAUAUUAAAAUUCUUCCAAUAGGUGAUGAAGAAUAACAAAAUUCUGGAACUAAUAGUAAUCAUCUUAAAAAUUCAUCAUAAAGAACUCCUAUAAGAAAUUAAGUUUAUAAGGAAUUGAAUGAAAGUACAAUAUUAAGAUAGUUAUAAACUCCAAUUUUAUAAAAAUCAAAAUUUUAAAAUUAUCCAAUCAUUGAUUUUGCUGAUGGAAUAAGAAAAGCUAUGGGAAAAAUCAAAGAAAUAGAUGAAUACUCUAAUAAUAGUAAAAUAGUUAGUACAUAAUUUAAUGAGGAUACAAAAAAUAAAAAAAGAGGAUCAAUUUUAUUAAAAUCUAUGUUAGAUUGUACAAAACUUUUAGAAAAAAAUCAAAAAACAUUAAAAUAGUUAGAUGUUUUUGUAAGAACAAAAUCUUUAAAUCGAAAAUUAAGUAAAUACGAAAAGAAUUAUUCUCCAUCAAAGAAUUACUCACUUUCAAAAGUUUAUUUGCCUAAAAUUAUUAGAAGAUGA